CGAAUAACAUUUUGAAUUUCAGUGCGCGCUCCUGGGCCAAGUGAAAGAGCCGGAGGAGCUGAUAAGUCGCUUCACCAGGAACAGUCGGUUUCCACGUUAUAGAGUAAUCCCUGGGAAAACAGAAGAAUGUCUGAAGAAAAGCCGAAGGAAGGCGUGAAGACGGAGAACGACCACAUUAACCUCAAGGUAGCUGGUCAGGACGGGUCGGUGGUACAGUUCAAAAUCAAAAGGCACACUCCUCUCAGCAAACUAAUGAAGGCAUACUGCGAAAGACAGGGGUUGUCAAUUCGUCAGAUAAGAUUUAGAUUUGAUGGACAGCCAAUUAAUGAAACAGACACACCUGCACAGCUGGAGAUGGAGGACGAGGACACUAUUGAUGUAUUUCAACAACAGACGGGAGGUGUUUAUUCCUAAGUGGAAUGUGCACUCUACUCUUGGAAGAACCCCAUGCACCACAUCCUCACAUUUUUUUCAUGCUGUAUUUGUUUUUUUCUAUUUUACUUGUCGUCGUCCCCACCCCCACUGUGCUUGGCUAAACAUCAGGUUGUCCACAACAGUAACAAAGGUGGAGUUUUUUCACUGGAAGGCAGAUCCUGAUGUGAGAUGCAGGUUACAUUGUUUUUGGUUUUUUUAAUGGGUUUUAUUCAUAAAAAUGUAUGAAAUUUUUUUUUUUUUUUUAAUGGUUGAAGUCAGGGGCAGGUCUCAAAUCAGGUAUGUCAUGUAAUGAAAAAACGCUGUUGCUGUUGAAACAACAUCCUGCAUGUCUCAGAUAAUGAGCUGAAGUACAUGCCAAGCUUUUAAAAAAACAUUUUUCCAGGUUGUAAGCAUCCAAAGCCAGGUGGGCUCAGUUAUUUUAAUUAAUGCACCUCUCAUA